AUGAGCCCCCCGACCCUCCGAUCAGACGUCUCUAUCCGCAUUGCCCUUGCCUUUCUCGAGUUCCUCUCGACUGUUCAAAGUUCAGAUGGAGCAGAUAAGACAAAAAUUGACAAUCUUAAGGAGAUGUUGAUGGAUGUAUUCAAAGUCAAACAAUCCAUGGAAGCAACAAUUCCUAUUUCACUAUAUAACUUAUUUGAUUUAGACUCUAAAGAAACAACUCAAAAAAAUGAAAGCACAUCUGAAGCUCCAAAUAUUGCACAUAGGACUCAUUCACAUUCUACAGGUUCUGAAUCAAAAAUUGGAGGACCAUUGAUAAACUUGUUCCAUGAAUUUCACAUCGCAGUGGCAGCAAUUGGGUUCUUUGAUUCAUCUGUUGGUGAGGACUACCAGAAAAGAAAGUCUCGUGCCAAGCAAAUUUUUAAGGAUGCCAUAGAGGUACUGAAAACAUGCGGACAUGAGACAUUCAACAAGAUGAACCUCGCUGAAGGAUUGAAAAUGCUAGGGAACAAUGCAAUGCACCUCAACUGCUAUGGCAAAGCUAUUGUGAUGUAUAGUUGUGCUCUUGCAAUGUGCAAAGACAAUGCUAUCUACUUGUGUAACAGAGCCGCAGCUUUUACUAAGAUUGGAAAAUUGAAUGAAGCAAUUCAUGAUUGUGGUGAAGCAAUAAAACUAAAUCCAAGACAUGUUAUGGCAUUCUAUCGCCUUGGUUAUGCUUAUUAUGAGCAAGGCAACAACCUUGAAGCUAUCCGUGAGGGAUUCAUUAAAGUUACUUGGACUUUUUUUGUAUAUGAUGAAGUUUUGCAGCUAGAACCUCAAAAUAUUGAUGCCAAGGUCAGUCUUCAGCUAGCCGAUUCCAAGCUGAAAGAAGAACUAGAACAAAUGAGAGAGCAGGUAAAGUUGAACAACUAUUUUCUUACUCUUGUGUAA